AUGGCGGAAAACAAAGAUAAAUUCAAAGAACACAUAAUUCAUAUCACUGUGCUGAAAGAUGUUACCAACAAAAUUAAAGAUUUUGUACCUGGAAGAUUUUCCGGCAUUUUGGAACAUUGCUGGAAAAUCUUUAACCUGUUGGACAAGUAUUGUGUAAGUUUUCACAAGGCUGAAAGUGACGUUACAGUUGAUACCGUGGAGUAUUAUCAUGAACAGAUAUCAUGCUGGAGAGAAACUAUUCUUAAAAAUCUCGAAAAUGUUAUGAAGUUAUCAAGGCAGUUCCGUAAUGAUGGCGUGAAGUUCCAAUCAAUGAGUUCCAACGUAAUCCAAGUCGGUCAGCAGCACCAUUGCUCUACAAUGCCGUUGUUACUUAUCUUCCCAGAAUGCUGUGCAAAUAUCCGGAACACCAGCUACGCCAUGACGUCAUGGGUUAAAACAGACGAGGAUUACUGCACUUUUCUCAGGAAUGACGUCUUUGAUCUGGAAAAGAAGAAAGAGAAUACCAUGCGCUUAAUGAGAGAGGCCCGUGAACGGUUUCAUUCUGUGGUCUACAAACUGGCACAGGCGGAGUGUGAAUGUGCCAAACUCUCGACCGAAGUGGCACAGCUUCGAAAUAAGGAAGAUAGCCUUGAACAAGAAGAACAAUUCCUGGCUAACAGAACCAGUGAGAUGGAACUAGAGAUCGACGUGAAGGGUUUUCGCCGCCGAGAACUUCACAAAUGUAUACACUCAGAUCCCAUAUCUCUGGAGAUGUGGGAAGAGCUGGGGGCUAACGUCCGCUUCAUGAAAGAAAAGGUACCAUUUGUAAAACGACAGUUGAGCAACGUGCGGUAUAAGCUAGCCUGGAUUCGUGGGCGGAGCAAAGCGUUAGAGGUGGCGGAGCGGGAAGUGAACGUCACCAAGCGGGACUUGGCGGAUGCGCAGGAAGAAAAGGAAAUGAGGGAAGAGGAAUAUGUGAAAAUCAAGGGAAGGCUGGAAAUGGCAAGGAAAAUACAUAUGUUCAAAACUACUCCAGGUGCCGCUGAGAAGCUAUUUUAUGGUCUCUCUCUUGAUGUGAGCAGCUCAAAAAAUUCUGGUUUGCUACCAGAUAAUGACCCCCUGACUAGAGCCUGUGAAGUUGUGGCAUCACUGAUCCAACAGGACUGGAACAAACUGUACCGGAAUCUGCCAUUUGUGCCAUUGCGCGGUCAGGUGACGAUAGAACAGGACAUUCGCAACAUCGGGCGGGAUGCAAAUCGAUUGGCUUUGUCUAAUCACGCAUCUCGUGCCCUGGUAAGAUGGCGGAGGUUCCAUACAAGAGCAACAGUUGAAGAUUUAUUGGAAAGCCUGAGAAAAAUCAAAAGAUAUGACAUUCUUCUAGAAGUAGACAUGGAACUGAAUCCACCACAACUGGAAGUUUCGGACGAGGAGGACGACAAGAAUCUACCCGUUGGUCCAGAGUUAGUUCCCUUUUAUCGGCAAGUUGAGAGAUAUGACAAAAUACGGGCUGCCAAGAAAGUGCAACAAGUGAAUGGUUGAUAUACUAUCAAUCGUGGAGGGUAACAGUGGUCGCAGUAAGGAUAUAUAGGCCUGUCCUAAGAUUAAUAAUAUAGUUGACUAUAAUGGACUGUGAUAUUCAUAAUGCUAUAUGACGUAUUCUUCUGAUAUAUUACAGUUUUUCCAGGAACGUUAGCCUGUUCUCACUGCUAAAGGUACAUAUAUGUCUAUGUUACAUCGUCAGACGCAAUUUUAGUGAGACUUUCAGUUUGUUUCUAUGUAAGGAUUGUGCGGUUGCAUGUCGAUCAAUCAAGGGUCACGUGUUACUAUAAAGGCCUACUGCCAAACUAUUGUAUGUCAAGGAUAUUCCAUCAAAAGUUUUACUGUAACUUUCUUAAAUUUUACAGUGAGCAUAAUUCUCUUGUAAACAGGGAUGGAUUGCCCGAUAUCUUGGGGGAUUAUCUUGGGGAUUGUCUUGGGGCUACGGGCUGUGUAUGCAACGCGUUGAAUAAAAUCGCUGCGUUGCCUGUGUGACCAGUUGUAAUCUAAUCGUGGGCAAUGUUUUUCAUUGGUCUUGCGAUUAAAGAUUUAAAAUAGAUUUUCUAUUAAUGUUGACGAUGCCUACAGGAAUGUCCGUUAUGACCCAUCGAGAGAUUUACCGUCAUAUAUGUAUAAUGUUUACAGCAAACAUCAUGUGAUGAAACAGUGUAAGCUUUAGGCCUACAAAUUAUACGUUAGGCCUACAAAUUAUACGUUUCAUAAAUUAUACGUUAUGUAUGUAUAUUAUUUGUUUGUUCAGUUAAUCUUGU